AUGAAACACACCCUUAGCGUAUGGGAAACGGUAGAUGCCUGGCUAGGCUGGGUCUCUGUUGGAGCAAGACUGGUAUCUGCUGCUAUAUGCGGCCCAUUUCGCGGCCCGUCGGGGGCAGAUAGCUACCAUCACCACCUGAUACAAGCGGUACUUAAAAAGCUCACUAGCCGGUUCAGUCCGCUCCAGCUCCAAUAUCUUUUCAAGUCCUACGACCGCCUCUAUUUGGAACACUGUAGGAAGACUGGGAUCGAGCCGAAUUUCGUAUCGAACGAGCGCGGCUUGAAGGGAUUCUGGCUCGGUAGUCCAACUGCCAAAUAUGUGGUGAUCAACUUUCAUGGCGGAGGAUUCGCCACGGAUGCAACAGAAUCGUAUCUCGAAUUCUGGCCGGAGGUAGCAAGAACGCUUUCCGAUGAUGGUAUUACUACGGGCUGGUUUAAUGUUACCUAUACCCUGACACCCCACGCAACAUAUCCAACACAGUUCUGCGAAGCAGUGGAAGCUCUACGGUCUGUCAUUGAGGAUCUUGGACGCUCGCCGUCGGAGGUGGUCCUUACUGGCGAUUCCGCAGGGGCAAAUCUAUGCCUAGCACUUCUGUCCCAUUUGUCCCAUCCAUCUCAAGAUGCUCCAGCACUGAAAAUCACUGAGCCGCUUAAAGCUAUCGUUCUUCUAUCCCCUUGGCUAUCCUUCCGUGAUGACUGGCCUAGCAUGAAGGACAAUGAACAUAAAGAUAUCGACGCAGUGGAAGUCAUGGAGAGAUGGGCACAAGAAUACCUGUAUGGGAGAUCCACGAACUAUUAUAUCGAGGCGCUUGAAGCACCUGAAACGUGGUGGGAAGAUGCCCAAGUCGAACAGAUCCUCGUCCUUGCCGGGACCGACGAGAUGCUCUUGGACCCUAUCAAGGCUUGGACUAAGACGUUCAGCAAAGUAAACCCCGAAACAACUCUCAUCAUUGGUCGAAAUGAGUGUCAUAUCGCACCUCUUGUGUGGCCUAUGUUUGGUGACAAACACGAAACCCAACAGGGACUCGCGUUAAAGAACUGGCUAGGUGAGCGGCUGCGUACAUAA